CAGCAGCAAAUAUGGCGAGACCAGGGAUUUCCUGGUCUGUCAAUAUCAAACCGCUACUAUCGGCUUCAUACUCUUCCUUCAAUAAAGAUUUCCUGUUAGAAUUUAGUAAUGCAAUUAUAGCAAGUGAGAAGGAUGUACUAAACCAUGACGAUGUAUAUGAACCUUUCUACUCCUCCUUUGUGGCAUUGGCUGCCCACUACCUCAGUGCUAGUGCAGGAGAAGUGGCAGCACCUCACUUGUCGAGUGUCACAGGGGCUUGCAAGGUUCUGCUACAAUUCCUACUACAGAGACUUCAAAAUCAAACAGACAGCUGUACUAUAUCAGCAAAAUACUUGAUGAUCCUGAUAAAGGGCCUAUGUAUUGGACUGGGCUGCCUGCCCAAGUCAGAUGUGGUCACAUUCAAUGCAAUGUUGAAAUCUGCACAGUUUCCACCCAAUGUGAGAGAUGUAGAAAAUGAAGCAACAGAAGAAGAGGCACCAAAAGAAACAAAGAGAGCCAGGUUAGAGUCUGAAGUGAACAUAUUUGAUCAGAUGACUUCAGUGUUUGAUGAGAUAGUUGCUCCAGCACCACCUUCAGUAGCAAAAACUGAAGCAAUGCCGGCCGAGACAAUCACAGUGGACGGUGAUGUGACCAUUGUACAUAUAGCAGACAACACAGAAGAAAUGAAGAAUUUAUUUGCCAUGAGGAAUUUGGCCAGUUUGUCACAGCUGAAUGGAGGAAAUAUUUUACUGGAUGUUUGUUUUGAACUGACAUUUUUGAACCGAUAUAUACAGAGAUACAAGGAUGCCAUAGCAGGUUCCGCUUUCGUUAUGCCAGCUACAUUGUCAGAUGCCCUUACAACAAGGAACUGUUUUCAGCUGUUGUUGAAUGAUAUAUCAAUAGUGUGGCGAGUGUUUUCUCUGCCAAUACUGGAACCACUGACGGUAAAAAGGUUAGAGAAGAUUAUCACCGUGACAAUGGGAUGUUUAUACGCUGCUGUUACCGUGGCUACGGCAAACACAAUCAUGAGCCUAGCAAGUGGAACACCAACAAAAUCAACACCAGCCUCAAAGGAGGAAGACAUUGACAACUAUGGCAUAAAUAUUGUACAUAAAACACUUGAGAUCUACCACAAUGUUUCUAUGGCUCUACAUAAUUCAACAAGGGCUGGAGGAAAUAUCGCACAGAAUUUGAAUCUACUGGCUUCAUGGCUGUUGCUUCAAGGGUUACAAGGUAUUUUGACCUUGACACCUGGCAUGAUCCUUGAAAGGAAGGACAGUAAGUCUCGCCCCUCAAGUGCUGGUGGUGCAGACACCUACACCCAGUCACCCAGAUCAUCACAGACUGGUGGCCGACCUGGAUCAGCUAAAAGUUCAUGCCAAGGAUUAGGUGUGUUGUCAGUGGCACUGGGUCUGCAUGCAGUACAGCUGCUACAUAAACUAUUUGAUGAUUUACAAACUGAAGGUGUGAUGCCCAGUCUCAGCGGUACCUCCCAGUCCACCAGUAUGCAGACAACAACAGGGAAGAGCUUAGACCUGACACUGCUUGCCCCUCUGCCUGCCUGGAAACGUAUACAGAAGCUCAUGUCUGCCAUCAACAUACCCGACUUGAUGUUUACACUGGUACCCACAGCACUCAAGAAGGCAUGUUUAAUGAAGAGGUUAAAACAAGGGUCAGAAACAUCGGAGACAAGCAGCAGCAGUGCCUCGGACUCUAACACAUUCUACGAGGAUGACUUCAGUAGUUCUGAUGAAAGCUCAGAAGAAGAUGAUGAAGAUUAUGAACCAAUAUUAGGACAGUGGAUGGAAGACAUUAUGUCCCCAUCAUCACCCAAGGAGGCGGUGCCACCCCAGACCCUCCCACAGAAGUUUGAGGGUGAAGGUGGGAGUAAAAGGUCAAGGAAAAUCAGUGCAGGGGAUGGGACAACUCUCAUACCUGAUAAGCGAGAGCCAGAUGGGUAUAUAAGCUUAGCAUCAGGCGUGCUUCAGUUCCUGAACACAUACUUUAUCAGCACGGGAGACGAGGUGUUACAGAAGUUUCUCAGAGAUUCCCUAACUGAAGACCACAUGGCCAGCCUCGCUGUAGUCAUUAAAGAUAUGGAUAAAGAAUCUACCAGGAUCAGUUCAGACAAGACAUUUGAUGAGUUAUCGGUAGCUUUGUCAAGGUUUAACCACAGUCUAGUGGCUAGAGGCUGUAUCAGUGACUCACUACAGGACUCUCUUCUGAUUAACCUUGGUGUGAACACGAAUGAGGGAGACAUUUGGCCUCUGACACUGUACCCACGAACACUCGCUGUUUUAGCGGAAGUUCUUCUUUUGAGACAGCAGAGAGAACGCGAGGCAAAACAACUUGUCAGUCAGACCGAGACAGUUAUCAUUAUGAUAUGGACACGAUUUAUGAACACGCUUACCAACAAUAUUCUCUCUUCCCACAGUAAAACAGACCCCACAGAAGAUGUGAAUGUGGAGCACAUGCAGUUGUUGUUGUUCCUGUUCCACAGCCUGCACUUGAUGCAGAAAAAACAGCUGCUGCUACAACUGGCCCAGAAUAUAAUACGAGUGGAAGCUAUGGACAAAAGACUUUUGCUGGAGACUGUUCCAAUGUCACUGGGUCGUCUGAUGCUGAUAUUUGAAUAUCUGCUGCACAAUUUUUAUGAUCCACCUGCUGAGCUCCUUGAACAGGUACAGUGGAACUUGUUCACAGUGCAUACACUGAACCAGGGUGCAGACCAGGACUUAAACCUGACCAAACACAGCAUGUGGUUCCAGAUACCAGAGGUAGAAGACAACUUUAGGAAGUACCUAACUCCACAAGAGGCCACAGAGAUUGGAGCGAUGAAGCCUAGAUUCUAUGAGGUUGGUCCGGUCACUGUGAACAACCAGCAGACACCUAGAGUGGAUGGAUUAGCCUGUAGUUUCCUACUGUCAACGUCAGAACAUCUGGACUAUUGUCAGUUAUACAAUGCUUGUGUGUCCCUACUUCUGGCUGGGACAAGGGCUGACAAAGUCAAGGAUAAACUGUCCAUACUGGAAUCGUGUAUGAUACAGUAUCAUUUCAACACAAUGUGGCGUCUGUUGUCAUGUCUGCCACCAUCUUUGGAGUUUCUGAGGAUCCUUGAAAGUGACACUAUACAGAUGUCAGACUCUUAUCUGCUACAUACGUUAAGAUGGGCUCCACGUCUUGGACACAAGGUUUACCUUGGCUGGAUAAAGGAUAGCUUGGUAAAACAGGGCCUUACAACACAACAAAGUGAGGCGCUACUGACUGGAGCUAACAAAACCGCAAACAGUGUGAACUAUGAUAUCAGGCUUGGAAUGAACUUAAUACAAGAUAUGAAGAGUACUAAUCUACCCAAGACAUCACAGGGAGAAAUCCUACCAUCAAACAGACUUCCAGGUCUGCUGUCUGUAAUGUUGCUAGAUAUGGUUGUUGCCAAGUUACAGGUGUCUCUGGAUGAAACUUUCAGUAGGGCAAUGUCUGAUACAGAUCCUCAUAAGACUAUGGAUAUUGCGAAGGAUCUCAUACCAGACACACUUCUCCUGGUGGAGUCGUACAGUGUCUUUGUGAGGUCAAGUAUUUUGAGUCAGCUUAGCACACUGGAGGAGGAUGCCAUGUCACCACGGCAACUAGAAGCCAUCUCCUUGGUGAUGAGUAUAUCAUCUAGUCGGGCCAGCAAGGUGUCGGUCUUGGGCGCAGGACUGAAGGCAGCCCUGCCAAACCCAAUCAAAACUGUAAUAGAGGCCUGGAAUAACAGUGCCAACACUGAGUACCCUAGCAUUGGAAGCUGGAGAAAUGCCUUCGCUAAUGACAUAUUACCUGGAGAGAGUUAUACAGAUGCUCUACAGAAAGCUCAUGUUGCAAAACUUUCAGAGAGCAAGUUUUCAGUGAAUGCUUCAAUGAGACAUGUACUACAUGCACUGUGUAGACUGGCAACAGACCUCUUCACAUGGUGUCCGGAUGCUGAUGGUAGUACAAAACUAGUAGAUGUCAUGUUUCCACUUGUGUUUGAUGUCUCUACAGAAUAUCUCGCAGAUAUGAUAUCUUUCCUGGAUGGUUACCUUGGACCAGUAGAUGGCGAGAAAUUCACGGAGCCGAUGUACCGGCAUGUGAUCUCUGUUUGUCAUCGGCUGAUUACAGAGUAUUCGGACCCUGAGAGGUGUGUAUUCCACUGUUAUUUGACAGCUUUGUUACUGUCGUCUGCUAAAGAGAAUCUGUCUCCAAACUUCGCCGGCAAUGUGCUGAAAUUCUUUAACAGAUUGCUUCUUCUUGCUGAUGGGAAUAAAAAUAGCCAGACAUACAAGGAGCUGUGUAAAUCACUGUGUACACUGGCAGACACGGAUGUCACUGUUCUACAAGCCUGGCUCUCCAAGUUUGUUGUACUGCCAAAAGAGACAGACGAGGAAGCAUUGAGCGAGAAUCGUCAGCUAUUACAGACAUUUACCCUAUACCUGGUCAAAUCCAACAGCCCCGUCAGUGAGGCUGUGCCCCGUGCCAUACUGCAGGCUCUACUGCCCCUAGGGGAAACACUGUUGUCCUCAGCAACAGGGGAGACAAGCGGGUUUCCAGAGAUCAUGGUUGUGAUGCAUACACUUGCAGCUAGUGGGAACGGAAGUGGACAUCGUACUUUGUUUCAGGCUGCCACAACUUGGCUACAACUCUGCAAAGUUCAUGUUGCACAGAAAGAUGUUCUGGAAAAAAUGCUACUCAACAGCAAGUCAGGAAAGAAUUUGAUGAACACUUUAUGUUGUUUAUUGUCUUACAUUGGAGAGAUACUGGUUGCCUUGAAGAAGUCAGGUGACCAGACUGGGUCUGCCUCACCACCAUUAGAGCAUGAGAUCAGUAUCACACAGGAGAUUGAUAGUGACUGGGAGGAAGAUCUGAGUCAUGAGGAGGAAGAUACUGCAGGGGAAGAUUCUGAUGAAGAAUCUUUGAACAACAAACUAUGUACAUUCACAGUUACACAGAAAGAAUUUAUGAACCAACAUUGGUAUCACUGCCACACAUGCAAGAUGGUAGAUGGUGUUGGAGUGUGUACCGUGUGUGCCAAGGUGUGUCACAAAGAUCAUGAUCUGACCUAUGCAAAGUUUGGCUCAUUCUUCUGUGAUUGUGGAGCCAAGGAAGAUGGCAGCUGCAAGGCUCUAGUGAAACGUACAGCUGUGAGUGGCAUGCACAGUGGAGAACAGAAUGUCACCCCAUCACCAUUCUCCAUGGGAACAACUUUACCAAGCUCCCUGCGACGCCGACUGUCCUCCCCACUGCAGUCUGACAAGAGAAUGGAUGAAACUAAAGAUCAGAUUGGAAAAGCAAGAAAACUGCUGUGUCAGCAAUUAGAGGGAAGCAAAGAUGAACUGAUAAACACUUUGACUGGUUCACAGACUAUUCAGACUGUGUUAGAAAUGCUAGACUGUAUUCUGCCCUCACUGACAGAGAACUACCAGACUAUGUCACCUAUGGGAAGCUUGCAGCGGGCACAGUCUGCACUUAAUGAAUUACAUACACAUACAAAGACAACAGAAACCACUGACCAACUUAUGGCAGUUACAUUGGGCUCCCAAGAAGGUGCUUUUGAGAAUGUCCGCAUGACUUACGUUGGAGACCAAGGAUUACAGAUUCGCCAGCUGAUAACAUCCCACAUGCUGCGUCGUGUUGCAAUGUGUGUGUUGGCGUCACCACAUGGCAAGAGACAGCAUCUAGCAGUGAGCCACGAGAAAGGAAAGAUCACUAUUCUACAAUUGUCAGCUCUCUUGAAACAAGCUGACUCUAGCAAGAAAAAAUUAACACUGACAAGACUAGCAUCAGCACCUAUACCAUUUACUGUACUGUCUAUCAAUGGAAACCCGUGCAAUGAGGAUUAUUUAGCAGUCUGUGGUCUGAAGGACUGCCAUGUUCUGACGUUCACCAGUUCUGGGUCAGUGUCUGACCACCUAGUGUUACACCCAACCUUGGCCUCUGGAAACUACAUCAUCAAAGCCCUAUGGCUGCCUGGCACGCAGACUGAACUGGCCAUAGUCACAGCAGAUUUUGUAAAGAUCUAUAACCUGUCUGCUGAUGCGAUCAGUCCCCAGUAUUUCUUCCUGUUGCCCAGUGGGAAGAUCAGGGAUGCCACGUUUGUGUUUACGGAGGAGGGUCGUUACAUUGUCCUGAUGUCCUCGUCUGGUUAUAUCUACUAUGAAGUGAUGGGAGAAAGCAGCAGUGCUAAACAUGGACCGUUCUAUAUCACGAAUGUCGUAGAGGUCAAACAUAAUGAUCUCAAGGAUGUGAAUGGUCAGGUAGCAGGAGGGGGUGUUUCUAUCUACUACUCCCAUGCUCUACAGCUUGUCUUCUUCAGUUACACACAAGGGAAGAGUUUCUGUGCACCACUAGAGAAGGAUCUGUCAGCAACACCUGUAGUGUUUCCAAUCACAUUUAAAAGUUCCAACGGAGGAGGAAAAGGUAAUACAGGGCACCAGGCUCUGGUCCAGUGGUCCGAGGUCCCAGGCCACACCGGUCUGCUGUACUGUAUGACCCAGACCACCAACAACCCAGUGGUCCUGAUGAUCAAACCUGAUGCCUUGAUGAUACAAGAAAUCAAAGUUGUGCCCGCCAAGGCAAAAAUACAAGAUGUUGUCGCUAUUAGACAUAAUGCCUCUAACUCUGACCAGCAAAGAACCACAAUGAUACUGCUGUGUGAAGAUGGAAGUCUAAGGAUAUACAUGGCUAAUGUAGACAAUACAAACUACUGGCUGUCACCUACACUACAGCCACAAAGUCCUAUCUCUGUCCUCAAACCUGCCAAGAAAAAGAAGACAACAAAAUCUGGGCGACCAACUGGUUCUGUAAAUUUCCCAAUAGAUUUCUUCGAGAACUGUCAGCAAUCGAAUGAUAUAGAAUAUGGAGGGAAUGAUGUCCUGCAGAUAUACAAUAUACAACAAGUGAAACAUAGACUGAACACAACUGGCAUGUAUAUUGCCAGUACAAAACCUGGUGGAUUUACUAUAGACAUGACAAACACCAGUGCGACCACUGUGAUGGUUGGUGUCCGAGUAUUUGUAGGGAGCCAGUCAGUGGAGAGAGCACCUAGAUACCUUGAAGUGUUUGGCAGAACUGUAGAGGUCCAAUGUUUGAAACCCAGAUGGGUAGAUCUACCCUUCACAAGAGAGGAAUCACUAAAUGCUGACAAGAAGUUUUCUCUGUCCAUUGGUCCGAGCAAUGAUCCAGGCGGAGUCACUAUGGUAGACUCUAUCAAGGUUUUCACCAAGACCAAGGAAGCUUUUGGCUGGCCGGAAGAGCCAGAUGAGUUCACAGAGCAGUCUACACCCAAACCGACUCCCUCUGUGGCAUCGGCAGCACCCAGUAGUUCCGAGUCUGAGACAGUGACAACAUCUCUGGCUUACAUGCCACUUACAUCAGCUGACAAGUUACUCAGCAGUGCUCUUGAAGUUUUGGAUGGUGCAUUUUCAGCCCUGCCUUCAGAUGAGAAGGAUCCACUAAGGGAGAAAACUUUAGAAACAGCUACCAAUCUGCUGACAUUGCCUACACCAUCUAGUGUACAACAGCACACAAAAGCACUGCUCGCUUCCCUGUUUAUAAACAAAACUGUGUAUCAUGGACAUAAGGAUGAGACGGAACUAAAUCAUGUGAUGCAAUGUCUCCGCGGUGACCAGGAGGGACAUACAAUGGAUGUUGAAGCUUUCCAAAGACUAUUGGUCACUGCUCGUGCAGUGGCUGUAUCCCGGCCUCACAACCUUGUCAGAUAUGCUAACAGACCAGCAGAUUCAUCCUCGGACAAGGAAGUAUUGGAGGUAACAGAUCUAGAGAAGGAAGAAGCUGUUGUGUCAGUUGGAGAGUUAGAGCCCCAGGAAGGAUGUCAUUUUGUGUCACAGUUGAUGAACUCAUUCUGGAGAUUGUUGACAUCUAGACCACCCAACCCCAUGCUUGCACCUGUUUGCUUGCCAGGUCUUGCCCAUGUAGAUGCUACAGUUGGAGCACUGGUGGAGAUCAUUCAAGCGUUCACUGUAUCGGAUCUUGAAAAUUUACCAUUAGCAACAAAACUUUAUGCUAAGCUUCUGCUACACCCAGACCAUGUUGUAAGCUUUGCGUGUAAACAAGCAAUGAUACGAUCACUGAGAACAAGGGCCAGAAGGAAGAGAGUGUUUAUACCGUCCCCACCAAGGUGUAGCUCACCAGGAGAGGAAGAAGAAGAGGGAGCAGCUAAGGGAGAUAAACCUGAUUCUACCAUGAUACAGUCCCUUACCAUUAGUGAGGCUCCUGAUGGAGAUGAUAUGGAACAGUAUGAAAUUGUGGAGGGUAAUGAGCCAAUGGUACUAGAACCCUCAGAACCAGGUCAAGGUCAUCCACUAGAGGCCCUGCUACAAAGAGGGGCCAAUUUUAACCCAGUAGUUGACAUACCCCCAGAUGCUGAUGAUGAAACAAUGGUAGAGCUGGCCAUAGCUCUCAGCUUACAAGAUCAGAAUGGAGGUGGACUUGGGCUGCAAGGUCUGAGAUUAGCGAGUCAGCAACAGAAUGUUGGUAACUAUGAGGACAGUCAGAUGUCAGAUACAACAGCCUCGGCUCCAGGUAGUGAUGAUGAGAUAGCUAGUAAUGUUGCUACAGAUGGCUCAACACUGAGGACAUCUCCGGCGGAUCAUGCUGGGAGUGGAGGCUCAGAAAGUGGCGGUAGUGCUGAGGAAUCUAUUUCAGCAAGUGGAAGAAGUAGUAUGUAUGGAGACAGAGACCGUGGACCUAGAAGUGAGACCAGCAGUCUUGGAGCCCCCAGUAGCACAAUGCCACAUGAUGUCAACGAUACAGAGACUGAUAGAGAUACCUCUACAAAACUUCACAGCCUACGUCUGAACUUGCUGGAGAAGUUACUGCAAUACCUACCCAAGGUCUCAGCACAAGGUGGAGUGGCUGCUAUUCCAUUCAUGCAGGUGUUGCUGAUGUUGACCUCAGACCUGGAUGCGGAUGAGGAGAAGGACCGUGCUGCCCUGGAUAGUCUCCUACAGGCCUUACUGAUGGAGCUAGAUGUGUCAGGUAGUGGGCUGGACACCGUAUCAUGUCGCAGUAAGCAGAUGGAAGUGAAGCUUGUCUAUAUGAGACUACUCAGUGUUCUGUUGUCAAGAACUAAGGCAGGAACUAAACCUUCAACAGAGUCUUCGUCAUUUGUGAGUAAUACAACAGCCAAUGCCUUGUUAUCUAGUGGGACAAUAUCCUACUGUCUGACUAUACUACAGAACCUUCUGCCAUAUUGGAGAAACUAUAAUCCUGCUGAGGAGGAGACGGCGCCUUUACCAGGACAAUUAUUGAGACCAAGACCCACAUCACCACCACCAGAUAUGAGCCCAUUCUUCCUGAGAGAGUAUGUGAAGGGACAUGCGAAUGAUGUGUUUGAAGAUUACCCUCAACUCCUGACAGAAAUGGCACUCAGACUUCCACAUCAGUUAAAGAAGAUAGGAGACGGUGUUCACAGUGUGUCUACAGCCACAUUCGAUGCAGCAUGGAACACCACACUAGCCGAGUAUAUGAUGACACAGAGAACACCAUUCGUCAAAAAGCAAGCUAGAAAAUUGCUGCUGUUUAUUAGCGGAUCAAGGGACAGAUACCGAGAGAUACGUGACCUUUACUCUAUAGAGAAAAACCUGAAUGCUGUUGUUGAACAGUGUAACAAGAGUGGACUUUCCACUACUGAGCUAGCACCACACAGUGUCAUACUGCCAUAUGACUCUUUACUUGUUCUUAUAGAGCAUUUGAAGGCGUGUGCUGAUAUAGCUGCCAGCCGACCAGUGAACUGGCAGAAAUACUGCUCCACAAACCAAGGAGUUCUACCAUUCCUGGUAAAGGCAAGUAUCUCCCUGGAUGAGGGUGUGGCACCCACACUUUUACAGCUGCUACAGUGUGCUAUAUGUGGAACAGCCGUCGUCAAGGCAACACAGUCACAGGAAGUAGCUGCAGGAACUUCACCAAACAAACAGAAGAAAGAUAAAGAUAAAGACAAGGAUAAAAAUGAUGAUUCUGAUGAUGGACAGAAACAUGAUGAGUCCCUGUGUACCACCUUGAUACAGCUGUUGAACAGAACUAUAGACAGAGAUUUGAUGAUGCAUUUUGUGAGGACAUUUUUGCUCGAGUCCAACUCUACAUCCAUUAGAUGGCAGGCUCACUCUCUUAUACACCAGAUUUACAAGAACUCGAGUUUACAGGAACAGGAAGGUGUGUUAGACCAGUUGUGGACAUUGUGGAAGGAAUUACCGUUGUAUGGAAGGAAGGCAUCACAGUUUGUUGAUCUCCUUGGUUACUUUGUUCUAGUCACACCACAAACAUCAGAAAAGAAGACAAAGGAGUACCUUGAUCGCGCCAUUGACUUACUGAAGGAUGAGAAUCAAAUCCUAGCCAACCAUCCUAAUGCUCAGAUAUACAAUAUGUUGCAAGGCCUUGUAGAUUUUGAUGGGUAUUAUUUGGAGAGUGACCCAUGUCUGGUCUGUAACAACCCAGAGGUUCCUUACACAAGCCUGAAGCUGUCAAACAUCAAGGUAGAUUCCAAGUUCACGACUACAACACAGAUUGUGAAACUUGUUGGCAGCUAUACCAUCUCCAAGAUAUCCUUGAGGAUCACUGAACUCAAGAGGACUAAAAUGGUACGAGUGAUGAAUAUAUAUUACAACAACAGGACAGUACAAGCUGUAGUGGAACUGAAAAACAAACCAGGACUUUGGCACAAGGCCAGAAAGAUGACACUAACUGCUGGUCAGACGGAUGUCAAGGUUGAGUUCCCAAUUCCUAUAGUGGCAUGUAAUCUGAUGAUAGAGUAUGCUGAUUUCUAUGACAACCUUCAGGCUACCAGUGAGACAUUACAGUGUCCACGCUGCAGUGCCUCCGUCCCAGCUAAUCCUGGGGUUUGCGGUAACUGCGGAGAGAAUGUGUUUCAGUGCCAUAAAUGCAGAGCCAUUAAUUAUGAUGAGAAAGACCCGUUCCUGUGUAAUGCCUGUGGCUUCUGUAAAUAUGCCAAGUUUGAUUUCACCCUCACAGCCAAACCAUGUUGUGCUGUAGAUCCUAUAGAGAAUGAAGAGGACAGGAAGAAGGCUAUAACAACCAUAAAUUCGCUGUUAGAGAAGGCAGACCGAAUCUAUAAACAGUUACAGCUGCAUCGUCCAGCACUUGAGAACUUGAUGAUCCAGGUAGCUGAGCACAGCACUGACAGACCAGAAUAUGUGGUGGACAGGGGGAGGAUGCCAGAUCAGCUGUGAUAAAUUAUACAACAUCUAGCCCUAUACUGUGGAGAAAGCAAAUCUUCUUUUGAUGAACUCAGCAAAAUUAUACAGAAAGUGUUGGCCUGUAGAAAGGAGCUGGUAGACUAUGAUAGACAACAGAGACAGGCUGUAGCCACCAGCAGCUCCCCAGUCACAAGCCCUAGAGACCCACCCGUACUUAAACAACCUGUCAGGAAAGCUGAAAAGUUCAGUUGCAAGCCAAGCAAUUGUUUCGGAUGUGCAAGUGCAGCUGUGGAACACUGUAUAACAUUGUUAAGAGCUCUUGUCACCAACACCAACCUUAGACAUAUACUCUGUAGUCAGGGUAUGAUACAAGAGUUGAUAGAUUUCAACCUGCGCCGAGGCACACUGCACGUAAGGUCAGAGGUCAGAUCCCUGCUCUGCCUACUGACCAAAGACAACAGGCGUGGAACAGAGGAAAUGAACAACAUUAUAAUGACUCGUAUAUCAGCGGCAGUCAAAGGACAUCUGUCCAACCCAGAUCUUGGUUCUUCUGUGAGACAUGAGAUACUGUUGCUGGCUAACUCCCUUAAACAGGAAGACACAUGUUGGGAAUUCCGUGUGAGAUGUGUGAUGCGGCUCUUCCUGAUGGGAAUGCAGCUGAAACAACCAGUGAUUAUGGAAAGUGUGACAUUACCCUGUCUUAGGAUACUCCAACAUCUGAUUAGACCUGACAAGUUACAGACAGCUAAGGAUGGUAGCCAGGAAGAACCCCCUGUCAGUGCAGUGAUGGCCUUGCCUUCUGAGUUACAUGUGAACAGUGCAGAGUGGUUGACUGGCAACCAGAAAUACUCAUACCAGAACUGGAGGAAAUGUCUGCCAGUCCAACAAGCAGCGCAGCAGACCACACCAACAGCAGAGAAGAAAGAAGAAAUUACUGAGAAACCAUCCGAAAAAGAUAAAUCUGUUGAGAAGUCUGAAGCUCGGGCUCGUUAUCUUGAGGAGAAAUAUGCCACUAGGUGGCGUACCAAGAUGUGGAAGGUUCCCGGUGUGCCAUUGAAGCUGACACAAACAACUUGGCUACAGCAGGCUAUGUUCUCACCAUCGUCCCAGUCAGCAAGACAGACGGCCACCAGGGUGAUUGAGUAUAUAGCACAGGUUCCAUCUAGAAAGAAAGAAAUUGUGGACAUGCUCACAGGGUGUUUGGAUCAGGUGGGCAAGGCUGGAGAAUGUGCCCAGGAGUUCCUAUCCCUCUAUGGUAGGAUUAUACAACCAACCCAUUGGAAACAUUACCUUGCUAUCAAGGGGGUGUUACUCAAACUUGGAGACCUGAUCACCAAGGAGGUGGAGAAAUUACAGUACCUUGAGGAGACAACACUGAGUUCUGAUCUGGCACAAGGUUUUGCUCUAAAAUCCCUCACAGAGUUACUGUCCCUGUUUGUUCAACAAAAGGAGAUAAAGCAGCACUACAAGGCUAGACUGGUUGGUUACGUCCUUAAUGGAUAUCUCUCACUGAAGAAACUUCUAGUACAGAGAACUAAAUUGAUAGAUGAGACACAGGAUAAGCUGUUAGAGCUUCUGGAGGAGCUUACUACAGGUACAGAGUCCGAGACAAAGGAAUUCAUGCAAGUGUGUGUGCAGACUAUACAGAAAUAUCCACUAGAUGACAAAGUGUCACCUGUCUUCAUAUUUGAGCGACUGUGUAGCAUCAUCUUCCCAGAAGAGAAUGAUGUGGGCGAUUUCUUUAUGAUCCUGGAGAAAGACCCGCAGCAAGAGGACUUCCUGCAGGGGAGAAUGCUGGGAAAUCCAUACAGCUCGAGUGAAGCAGGGCUUGGACCUCUCAUGAGGGAUGUGAAAAACAAAAUAUGUCAAGAUUGUGAGUUGGUUGCUCUCCUGGAAGAUGACACUGGUAUGGAGUUACUUGUGAACAAGAAGAUCAUAAGCCUUGAUUUACCUGUGAAAGAUGUUUACAAGAAAGUAUGGGCACCGGAACAUGGAGAGGGAGAGCCGAUGCAGAUUAUCUACCGUAUGAGAGGACUGUUGGGGGAUGCUACAGAGGACAUGGUUAACUCCCUUGAUACAAAUACACAGGAAGAUAUAGACAAAGAGGAAGUGUACAGAAUGGCCAAUGUGCUCGCUACAUGUGGUGGUCUUAAGGUGAUGCUGGACAGAUUGGAAUCCAUCAAGGACCUUGUGUUAGGCAAGCCUCUAAUGCUUGUCCUUUUAAAACUUUUCUCUUUCGCUGUGAACGUGAAAGCAAACCGGCAAGAGCUGAUCAAACCGGAGUUAAACGCAAUCACAGUGAUGCUUGGGGCACUGAACCUGGCAUUGUGGGCAGAGCAAGAAAGUGGCUCAACUGCGACCAAAGGACAGACAAUAACAGAACAGAUUUUACAGAUUAUGGAAACCAUUUUGUUAGAAGCUAGUUCCCAGUCUACUGAUAGAUACACCGAGUUUUCGAAACUAUGUGGGGAUAAAACCCAGCUGAUGAUGUUACUUGAACGUAUCAAUUCACCAUUUGUACGAUCAAACACAAGUGUACUCCAAGCACUGAUGAGGCUCAUUCCAUUCCUUGCAUUUGGAGAGGAGGACAAAAUGUUAACACUUAUCAACCACUUCAAACCAUAUUUGGACUUCAACAAGUUUGAUGCGGAACACAGCCAUGAUGAGAAAGUUCAUUUGGAUUGUUUCUGUAAUAUAGCUGCCGGUAUUAAGAACAAUGACAAUGGGGUACAGCUGAAGAAUAUGAUAGUUGAACAAGGGGUGGUGAAAAUGGCGCUAGAUUAUAUACUUGCACAUGCUCCAGAGGUCAAAACUCUCCUUGCGACUGACUCUGAUAUAUGGAAAGAUUUUCUCACGAAGCCAUCCCUCAGUUACAUUUUGAGGUUAUUGACAGGAAUCUGUGAUGGUCAUGAAGCAACUCAGUUGGAGUUAGGCAAUCACUUGAUACCGAUACUUCACAAGUUAGAACAAGUGUCCUCGGACAAACAUAUUGGCACUCUGGCAGAAAACUUUAUGGAAGCUCUUAGAAAGAACCCCACUGUUACAGCCAAAAUAGAGGAGGUGCGCCAACAAACCAAGACCGAGAAGAAGAGACUGGCUAUGGCAGUCAGGAAGAAACAUCUUGGUGCCCUUGGUAUGACGACAAAUGCUAAGGGUCAGGUGACAGUGAAAGCAUCAGUGUUGAAGCAGAUAGAGGACAUAAAGGAGGAGACAGGACUCACAUGUUGUAUAUGUAGAGAAGGGUAUAGAUACCAACCUCAAAAGGUUCUGGCCAUUUAUACAUUCACCAAGAGAAGUAACCUGGAUGACUUUGAGAACAAACAACGUAAAACAAUUGGAUAUACGACUGUGUCUCACUUUAAUGUAAUACAUGUAGACUGUCAUACUGCAGCUGUUAGACAUGCUCGUGGUCGAGAAGAAUGGGAGAGUGCAGCUUUACAGAAUGCCAACACUAAGUGUAAUGGUCUGUUACCCCUGUGGGGGCCUCAAGUUCAGGAGUCCGCUUUCGCUACAUGUCUUGCCAGACACAACACGUAUCUACAAGAGUGUACUGGUGUAAGAGAUCCUAGUUAUCCGUUCAACAUACACGACCUGAAGUUAUUACUACUGAAGUUUGCGGAGGAGAAAUCUUUCAGUGACGACAGUGGUGGUGGCGGUCGACAGAGCAACAUGCAUCUUCUGCCCUACAUCAUGCAUAUGUCACUCUAUGUGAUCAACACAACCAGAUCUGGUAGUAGGGAAGACAAAAACUUGAACAAUUUCCUUGAAUCAGCCAGAGACAGAUGGAUAGAGAACUGUUUCGAAACUGAAAGCCCAAUGUACUGGUGUGUUGUGGCUACACAUCUAUACUCACCAGACAAGUGGAAAUCUGUGCGUACAAAGUUCCUGGAACGUCUGGUUGUCGUAGCUCAUGUACGAAAUACCAUUACCAUUGGAAGCAAAACGGUUACUGACAAAACAGUAAAAGACUAUACUGUCUACAAGCCAUACCUCGUCUUCUUUGGUCUGAUUGAUGGGUUGUACCAGUACAUCUAUAAGAAGGUGACUGUUAAAGAUGAUGACUGGACAAGGAGCCUGGCUGAUUACAUUCGUAACAAUGACAGGGCUGUGUUGGAGUCAUGUGAUAAACUUCUUGCGGCCUACCAGGAUGAAAUGUUGCCAUGCGAGUCUACUGCAGAGUUUGCAGAUGUUAUGGGACUUCUUGAAGACAUACCAGACCCAGACAAGUUUGUCACAGAUCUGCUACAGUCUUUACCCUGAAACUAGAAAGAGAUUUUAAAGGGACUUUUUGCAUCAAUUCUGGACAUACUGUGUGUUUUUUUAAAGUGACUUCCUGCAUCAGUUGUGGACUUAGUAUUUUAUAAAACUUCCUUCAGCUUUUGUGAACAAUAUCAUAGUAUUUAUUUGUGAAGUUAGUGAGUUUAUUCACUGCUCCUCUAUAGUGCCCCCCCCCCACGUCCGAUUACACUUAGCCUUAAAAUAAAAAUACGAAGCAAUGAAGAAGAGAAGUAGUAGUUUUAAAAUGUUACUUAUUUCACCCUAAUAGUAUCUGUCUAUGCUUUAGAUAUUGUUCAUACAUGUAUUUAUGAUCUGGUUAUUUGCAUAGUGGAAUGAAGUUUUGGAACAGUUCCUGAAAUUCUACAAAAAUGGAUAUGUUUCAUCAAGUCAUGUUGUAACUGCUACUUUUAUAAUUAUGAGACUAGAAAUAAAAUGGGGCUGAUGAUUUAUGCUAACAGUAUAGGUCAUCUUUAACUGUUCAAACGUUUUAUUUCUGGAUCUUCAGACGCUAUGUACAUGUAACUGUAUUUGAUUCCACAUACAGAAAGCCUUCCCUUCCCCCACCACCUAAAAUUCUCCCAGCCAAAAUAUAAAAAAGUUUAAAAUUGUUUUUGAUUCUAUAGAUUUCAUCAAUAUUGUCUGCACCUUUUUGAACCCCAGAACUGGCUUUGCUUAUUUUGAUGAUACACAAAGACAAUAAUGCUUUAUAUAUAAAAAUGAGUAUUUAUGCCAUUCUUAUAACAAGCAUGAAUUUGAUAGCUUUGCUUCUAUGGGUUGUUAAACCAAAUGGUUUCUAUCAAUGGCUUUAAAGCAGUUUAGCUUAGACAGACUCUGACAUUAAAGACAAGGUUAUUCACCAACAGUUAUAUAUCUUUAUGUGUUACCUUCUUUAAAUAAAGUUAUUAUUAAUUUUUUGAAAUAGCUUCAUUUAGAAAACUAGACUACGUUGAUGUAAGAAAGGAAAGUUGUCUGUCCCCCAACCAACAGCCCAUGUAUCACAGUAUCAAGAUGAGUGUAAUGUCUUCUGGUGUUGAGUGCAUAGAUGAAAAACGAGGAAGAACAAGAAAUGCAUUUUUCCAGAUUUUCAUUUAACUGAAAAGUCAUUUACAUUAUGUUUGUUUCUGUAACAAUCUUUUUGUUCCCAGGUCAUUUCCUUAUGUGCAAAAUAUUAUUUAGCUAUGGGGUUAUGUACCUCCAUAAUUUCUGUAUUUUACUCUAUAUAUUAGUCACCUGUUUGCAGUUCGUGCUAUAUGACCAGUGUAUAUUCAACACUAUAUUUUGCUGGGCUAAAGUCAGAAGAAGAAAAAAAUUAUGCAUAAUUUAUUUUAAAUGUCAUGUAUUGAAGCACUUACGAAUGUUUGGUAACAGCUUUAAUUAUUGACCUGUAAGCCAUUCAGUAAGUGUAUGCUUAAGACAAAAAGAAGUUAUAUUAACAAAAUUACUUUCAAAACAAUGGACUUGUUGCUUGUCAUGCUUUGGUUUGUUAACUUAAGGAGGUAGGUUACCUUGUUACAAGGGUAAAUUCAAAUUAGUUGAACCACAGCAUCUUUUUGUAUUUCGUGUAAUAUGAAGUUUUAACUGCUAAAAUCUCAGUUUCGUUUGUCUCUGUCCCUUCAAGUUCAUUUUUUAUCCAGGUUUGAAGAACAUGACCCUCCAAAGGUAUUUCAUAUUGAAAGAAGAAGGAAAAUACGGAUAUUUAACACUUUUCAGUGUAUUUAGUUUCACUGAUAUCCGUAGAAGUCAGCAUAAUCUAUAAUUUUACUAGUAAGCACGUUAGCUUUCUAAUAUAAGCUUAAAAUGUAUAUGUCGCGGGGCUCGUGUUUCCAUGGUAACACAUUUUCUCUCAUUUUUAAACAACUAUGUAUAAAAAUAGGGAUUUCCGAUGGCUUCAGUGCCAUUCUAUUAAUGACUAACAUGGAAUAUUUGGGUAAUAUUAUUAGCAAAAUACAAAGCACUAUACAUGGUACCCUACUUUUCUUAAAGUUUAAAGUAACCAUGGCAACAGAGAUGUUUAAAAUGGCUUAUAUCUUGCUUUUUGUCGUAAUUUCUUAUAAAAUAAUAUUGAAUAAGGUUAUCUUUCUAGUUGAUGUAGCUUUAAAACAUAUUAUUUCUAACGUAAGUUAUAUUUUCGUGUUAUCUGCAUUUAUUCAAGCAAAUUUCUAAGCUUAAAAUACUUACAGCAGUACCCCUCGUCUGGCAUUUUUCAUGGAAAAAUCGUUCAGCAUGCUACUUUUAUUCUCAUGGAUAUUGUUGAAAUGAAAAUAAAAAGCCGAAGCUGUGUUUCUUAAAUAGACUAGUGUCAACGCUUUUGAAUUUUACAUUUAGAUACAUAGGUCACGGGCUUCGUUUCCAUGGUAACAUCAAUUCAAUUCAAGAAGCCACAAUUUUCUACUGAAAUUUGAACAAUUUUAGAUCUUAGUUUUAGUAUAUAAGUUACAAAUUAUCAACGGAACCUGUAAAAUAGGUAUUACAGAUCAAACUGCUAGAUUUUUUAUUUGAAAAUGGCCGUAACAAGUAACCUCUCGCCCAACUAUAUUCCAAAUAACAUUGGUUACCAUCAUCCAUUUUCUUACAUUCCGCAUAACAUUUCAAUAUAACUAGAUAAAAGAAGCAAAAUAUUGAUUAUUAUUCAGAGCAAAAGAUUCAUAAAAAAUAUUUCAGCAAGUAAUGGUUACUUGAAAAUAGUUUGAAUAAAGAAAAUGCACAGAAUUACCUUCUUUCAAGAUAAAAGCUAUUAAUUUUGCGCGGUAACUGACACGUAACGUCAUGACGUCAAUGACGUCAUUUAAAGGCAACAUUGUUUUGAAGCGUUUCUGCGGCAAUUUAUUCAUUAUUUCUGCAUUAUUAAACCAUAAAGCGUCAGAUCGAAGACAGGUCUAUGAUUUGUUUUCAGAAGAAUGAAUAUACAAACACAUUUAGUUUGUCGUAAACGUCGUCGUAAAUCGUCACGUUAGCUUCCGGUUGGACAUGCGCACAUACAAAUAUAAAGGUAACCUACCUCCUUAAUGGUGUAUUGUGAUUCUCAGAAGUUAAUAAACAUCUUCCCUCUUCA